CUUUCCUCAUCUACCGCAGCUUCCCUCUUUAUAUCUCAAUAACCGGGUCCGACGCUCCAUUCUCGGCCUUAGUUUCCAUAUCAAGCCGCUUCAAGACAACCCACCCAUUACUUCAUCCCCUCCUCCGCUUUCUUUCUCCGCUCCCGUCCUCCAAUUGAUCCCUCAUUUUGCGCACUUUGCACUCUGCACGAAAGUCACCCUCAUAAUCAAUCCUACCACCACCAAUAUCCAUCCCAAUGGCAACAUCGACCCUCCGGCUGUUGCCAACAGCCAACGACGUGGCCCAACUGGAUCCCGCCUCCCUCGCUUCCGUCCCCGGUGUCGCCUACGACCUCAAGCGCCUCAAGGUCUACUCUUCCUGUCUGCGCUGCAGAGCCAAAAAGGUCAAGUGUGACCGCAAGGAGCCUUGCUCUAGAUGUGAGAAACACUCGGUCGAGUGCUCCUACCGAGAACUUGCCUCCGUCCAACUCGAUAUUCGUCAGUUCCAGCGCCAUCUCAACAACCCAAAGAUUCGUAAAGACGGUGCCGGCUUCAUCACCUCGACUGCCACCCCCGUAAUUACCUCUGCUUCCUCUCCUUCAUCCACCCCAACUCCUGCCCUCUCGGCCACAUCGCCCUCAGUCUCCUCAGCCCACAGCAACUGGAGCAAUAGUGAUUUUGGCAGUGUGUCCCCUUCAUUGUCCUCCAGCCCCUCUGCUCGGAAUCAAUACAACUGCCCUCAUCCAAGUAUCUGUGGUUCGGGCGGGAAUGAGACGACCUCCGAGAACAAUGGCUCGCUGGAACGUGCUCAAGUAUACAAAGUUCAUCGCAGAAAACCAUCAUUCAAGCCCACCAAGGGCAUCAUACACGAGGGCAGCUCGGAAAUCGACCGCACACACACGGAGAUGCGGGAAAUUAGUGAGCAUGUGGACAGGGUCAAGCUCUUGGACUCCAACAACGACUCUGCUGUCGUCGACGACACCAUGUCCUCAGAUAUGGAGGAAGAUAAUGCCAACCUUCCCAUUUGGCACACGCAGGCUAUGGGUAAGCAUAAACAGACGGUCCACGAGCAGAAUAUGGCGGAGACCUUUGGCUUGGCGGCAUAUCUAAAGGCGAAGGAAAUGGAGAUCUCACAAGAUCCGGGCCGUGCUGGCCAGACCAUCGAUUACGAGAUGGAAUUGGAACGUGCGCUCGCUCAACGGAUGCCCAGCUCGUUCUCCCGACCAGAUCGGUCCUACUCGCGCUCACUCAAGCACGCACACUUGGGCUAUAACCCUGCCACACCCUAUGCUCGUCCCUCGCAUUGUCAGCUCUCGCCACCGCCCAACUCCAGCAGCAAGUACGCUCAACCUCCUCCCUCUGCUCAAUGCUGCUGCCAGAUUGCGGCUCUACAGGGCCAAGCAUUGGGGUCAUGUCCGUACUCGAACGUCAGUCACAGUGGAUAUGAGAAACCUUCGACAACAACGAUCUCUGCCCCGACAUCGUCUUCAUUGCCCCCAUCUUGGAAUGUCGCUGUGGACAAUGAAGAAGCACCUCGCAUUGCAUACUCGCCCUCCUAUUCACCCAGAUACAGUGCUGCCCCGGUCACAUGUCAGACACCUCCUCAGGUCCAGACAUCAGACUGGCAACCGUCGUCGACUGUGCCGCCUACGAGAACGUCACGUUCGUCCUCGUACUCGUCAUCAAUGAAGAUGGAUAUUUCGUCGCCAUGCACAGAGCUGCCCCCGAUUCGCUUGCCAGGACCAUCUGAACUCCAGGUCGGACGUGAUGAGAAUGAGCCAGUCCAGAUUGAAUGCAAGUACAACGAGCCCAACGUGGACGCCUGGGAUAUGAUCGAGAAGCCGAUCUCGAGAAAGGUUCCGUUGACGACGAAGCGUGGCAGAUCAAUCAAGAUGGAAAUGGGUUGGAUCCUGUCCUAAGCCGUUGGCACGGAGAGAAAAGGGGACUGCAUUAAAUACCUGAGCCCUGCUUUUACAUAGUCUGGAUGGUCUGCAUUCAACACAUACACACACACACACACACACACACACAUUCACACACACACACAUACAUAUCAAGCAACACGCUCAUUCAGACACACGCAUCGCAGUAGAACGCGUAUUGUAUACUAUAUUAUAAUAAACAUUCCCUAAUACCCGCUUC